AUGCCUCUUGGACACAGUCCACCAAAAAUGUCUGAAAUCGAGACAAGGUCAAAAAAUGCUUCGCAAGAAGCCACCGGUGGUAAGAGGGAACCCUCACCGCGCCGGAAAUCCAAAACUUUUGACCCAUCCGCUCAAAAGUUUAUAGCGGAAAGUGACAGUAUCAUGAGAUAUUGUGCAAAAUUCAGUGAUGCACCAAUCCAAGACCACACUGAAUCAUAUCUUAUGAUAAAAGACAAAUCACUAGAUGAUUGUUGGGCACGGCUUCAGUCCGCCUAUGAUUUGGUUUUUUCAAAGCCAGAUGACAGCCUACCCGAAAACUUUAAGAAUUCGGUAGAAGGCAAGUACUUCACUUGCCUUGAAUUAUAUGAGGUGACCAAAGCUAAAAUUGCCGAUCAACUGUCGUUGAUUAGAGCAAUCGCCGCACCGAGUCCACCACCCCGCGUGGAACACACCUCGGCAGAGGCAAACGUUUUCCUCCAAGUCCCACCUUGUGACACGGAGACAUUUUACGGCGGUUACGAAGAAUGGCCCGCUUUUCGUGACAUGUUCACAGCGGUGUACAUCAACCACCCGAAGCUCUCCCGUGCUCAAAAAUUGUAUCACCUCCGAUACAAAACCCAAGGUAAAGCUGGCUCCAUCGUCAAGCAAUAUCCGCUCAGCGACGAUAACUUCGAGCUGGCCUGGGAAGCUUUACGGUCACGAUACGAAAACAAACGUAUCCUGGUUGACAACCAAAUUAAAAUUUUGAUGACUUUGCCGACUAUUCAAUCCGAGAAUAGCGAGCAACUUCAAAGGCUGCAAACAUCAAUUAACAACUGUCUGUCAGUUCUUAAUUCCCAAGACGUCCAGACAGACAGUUGGGAUCCCAUAUUGGUGUACAUAUGCUCAUCCAAAUUGCCCGAAACCACACUGUCACUUUGGGAACAAUCUCUCUCUUCUCGAAGAGAUUUACCCUCAUGGUCACAAAUGGACGAUUUUCUUACUUCAAGAUACGAAGUAGUCGAAAGACUUAACCGGCUUCAUCCAAGCCAAAAUAAACAAAAACCAGUCGCUCAUCAAAAUGCUGCGCAAAACAGGUCCUUUAACAGGACUCAAACCUUUGUGGCAGAACCUAAGAGGGAACCAACUUGCUCUUACUGCAAGUCCCCUCAUCCCAUUAGAGUCUGCCCACAAUUUAAGCGAAUUUCGGUACCGAACCGAGUACAAUUCGCAAACCAAACCAAGCUGUGCAAAAACUGCCUUGGUAAUACCCAUAGCACUAAUGAGUGUCCGAGCAAGUGGUCAUGUACACAUUGCCAACAACGGCAUCACUCCCUGCUGCACAUGAAUCCCAAACCACAAUCUCGACACUCCAGUGCGCGAGCGAAUGAAACCGCCGCACAACACACUACUGCCCAGUCGACACCUCCCGCUCGACAAGCGCAGUCAAGCUCCGAUUCCAGCGAGCAACCGUGCUGUUCCAAACAAGCACAAAUACAAUCAUUGCACACCGACAAUGAUAGCAAAAUUCUCCUUCCAACUGCCAUAGUCGCAGUUGAACACGAGGGUGAAUUGUUUCAACUUAGAGCCCUGAUUGAUCAAGGCUCACAAAGAACUUUCAUUUCCUCGAAAGUUCAAAAACGGUUGAAACUACCAUUCGAACAUUCCAAGUUCGAAAUUUCCGGCAUGGGUGGACAUGUAGUACAAAGCUCCUCAAAGCUUUGUCCACUCACAUUGGUAGCACCAAAAACCAUGCAACGGAUAAACACACAGGCUAUCGUGUUACCUCAGCUCACGAGGCACAUGCCUACAUUCACCAUUAGCCGUGAAAACUGGCAGCAAUUCAAGAUCCUUGAACUUGCUGACCCAAGCUGUCACAUACCAGCUCAAACUGACAUGGUAAUCGGCAGCGAUAUACUUCCACAAAUCCUGCUGGAAGGUAUACAAAAUAUUUGCGACACUAUACUUGCGCAAAAAACAAUAUUUGGCUGGAUUCUCAGUGGUCCAAUAACCGAAAAUGUGGUGUCAUUCUCGACACAAGUAGAAGAGUGCUCGAAUGCAACUCUCAGCUCUCAGCUUCGAAAGUUUUGGGAAGAGGAGGAGAUUCCACAACCUCCACAAAUUUCCCCUGAAGAUCAGGCAUGUGAGCAUAUAUAUGCAACAACAACGACUCGUGCCCCAAACGGUCAUUACAUUGUGAGACUUCCAUUCAAGGAAGAAUUUCCAAAAAAGCUGUCUCUGGGCCACUCUCGGUCUGCUGCACUUCAGCAGUUUUUCAGUAUGGAGCGAUCGCUUCAGAAAAAAGGAGACUUAGCCACAAUGUACAAUAAUGUGUUGCAAGAGUAUCUCGACCUCGGUCAUAUGGAGUACAGGAAGCCAUGCGAGAUAAUUUCCAAUGGCAAAUACCUCUCUUUCUACUUGCCACAUCAUGCGGUCGUCAAACCAGAUAAGGUGACCACCAAAGUUCGCGUGGUAUUCAACGCCUCAAAAACAUCUGGUUCAGGAAAUUCCCUGAAUGACGUGUUGCACACUGGUCCCACACUCCAGCCAGAUCUCAUGCUGCUCAUUCUGCAGUGGCGAAUGCACAGAUUCGUGUUCAAUGGCGACAUUGAAAAAAUUUAUCGUCAAAUACUCAUGCAUAAGGACGAUAAAGAUUUUCAGCGAAUCUUAUUUCGCACAUCGGCUGACUCUCCUGUCACCGAUUAUAAUCUUAAAACCGUAACGUUCGGGGUUAAUUGUGCACCAUACCUCGCUAUCCGUACCCUGCAUCAAUUAGCAGAUGAUACGAUAGCGACAUUUCCCUUGGCUGCCACAAUACUUAAAACCGAAACGUAUGUGGAUGACAUCCUAUCCGGAAGUCAUGAUAUUGACAACGCCACUGAAUCACUUCUUCAAGUGAUCAAAGCGCUUAAGUCAGCUGGUUUCAUACUCAAGAAACUAACGGCCAAUCAUCCGGCCAUCUUAGAAAAAUUUCCAAAGGAGGAUCUUCUCGACUCCAACUUUUUGAAAUUUGAGAGCGCUUCCACAACCAAAACUCUUGGUAUACAAUGGAACGCACUCACAGAUAAAUUUUCAUACACCAUUCUGCCUGCAUCGACAUCGAAUGCCGUCACAAAGCGACAAAUUUUAUCUUCUGUCGCAAAACUUUUUGACCCGGCAGGAUGGCUAUCGCCAGUGAUGAUUCAAGCAAAGAUUCUUCUUCAAGAACUUUGGCUAGAUGGCGUUGAUUGGGACGAAUGUGCCAAACCUAUAUCUUUAGCAAAAUGGCAACAGUUCGCAGAAAAUCUGCCAGCUAUCUGCCACAUCGAAAUCCCUCGAUGGGUUAAUUUCACUCCGGGGCAAGAUACCCAAAUCCACGGGUUUUGUGAUGCCUCGGAAAAAGCAUAUUGCGCUGCGAUUUACAUCCGCGUAGAUGCUAGCAACCAAAGAUAUUCCACUCUCUUGGUUGCAAAAAGCAAAGUCGCACCAUUGAAGACGGUAAGCUUGCCACGCCUGGAGCUGUGUGGUGCAGUCUUACUCGCAAAACUGGUCGCAACUGUUCGAAAACAGCUCAAAUUGGAAUCGUGCAACACAUUCUUAUGGUCAGAUUCAGAGAUUGUGCUAGCUUGGCUUGAAAAGCCACCAUGUACAUGGAAGACGUAUGUAUCCAAUCGUACCUCCCAAAUCCGGGAAUAUCUUCCAACCGGUACAUGGCGCCAUGUUGCCAGCCAAGAUAAUCCAGCCGACCUCGGCACCCGCGGGUGCAAACCGCAGGAUUUGGCGAAUUCCCCACUCUGGUGGCACGGACCAACAUGGCUCUCUUGCCACAUGGAUGCAUGGCCAAGGUCAAAGGCAUGCAGUGCAUCUCCACCAGAAAAGCGCAAGGUGGAGGCAUAUCACGCGCUCGAAGAAGAGGUCGAUUUUCUUGAUCGCUUUUCUUCUUUCUCUCGAGCACUCCGCGUGACUGCGUACAUGUUCCGCUUCGUGAGCAAUGCCCGCAACAAAUCAAAGGGGUUAGCUACAAUCACCUAUCCACAUCUGACACAUAACGAAUUUCAAUAUGCAAAAAUUCAUCUUAUCAACGCAGCGCAAUCACGCCAUUUUCCGAGCGAAAAAAGCGCUUUGCAAGAUAAAAAGCCACUUAACAAAAAAAGUCCUCUUAUUGUUCUCAAUCCUUCGUUGGACAAAGACGGACUUUUACGGAUCGAAGACAUCAUGGCAGCACGGAAGGCGUGCCCCCUGGCUCCAACGGCAGAAACAGACAACUGCCUACAAUGCCGGCUCUGCCACCGUUACCACGUAUUGCGGACGUGCCCGGCCUUCAAGGCGAUGAAGCCGCCGCAACGGUUGGGAGUAGCCCGCGCGCAAGGCUACUGCGUCAACUGCCUUGCGCUCACCCACACUACCGGGGAAUGCGACUCGCCGGGUAGUUGCAAAACCUGUGGCUUAGCGCACCAUACGCUGCUGCAUGUGGCAGCUAACAGGCCCGCGCGCACAGGCCAACGAAACCAGCAGCCCAACCGGGCCAAAUCGACAUCAUGCAAGCCCAUCAAGCGGAGGGCACCGCCGAAGAAAGGUGGGCAGAAGAAGGCGCAGAAGAACCCGCGCAACCAGGCGCCGCAACCGCCGCGCAAGAAGACCGCCCACCGGACGAUCGCGCGCACUCCCCAAGGCCUACAAAUGGCCAAUUUCCAGGGCCGCACCACCCACCGCGUCCUUGGCAACACGAUCCGCGCCCUGAAAGAGCUGCAGGAGACGCUCAGCAACGCAUUCCUGCAGGGCGGGGACGAUGUUUAA